CAAUCCUUCACUCUGUCUCCUUGAGCCGCCAUCUUGGUACGACCGGUCAGGAGAAAGGACGAAAAGAAGAGCAGAAAAAAGGACAAGAAAUGGCGGGACGGAGAGCAGCAGUGAAGGCAAUAGACUGGAUAGCCUUUGCGGAAAGAGUUCCUCCCAACCAGAAGGCUCAGUUCACUGCACUGAAGGCGAGAUCGGACGCUAUCUACUCAAAGUACUUGUCCACUCCAGAGAAGCCAGCUGCCAUCAACUUUGCUUUCUACAAGUCCAGGCUUGCCAACCCUGCUCUGGUGGAUGAGUUUGAACAAAAGUUCAACGCAGUGAAGAUUCCCGAGCCAGUAGACACCUACACUGCAGGGCUGGAAGAGGCUCAGAAGAAAGCUCAAGCAGAUGUGAAAAGCUUUGUCGCAGAGUCCAACGCAAGGAUCAAGGGGUACGAGGAACAGGCUGCUGUUUACAAGAGUCUACCUCCUACGGAACUCAUGACGUACGACGAUGUAUUCGCGGCGUUCCCCGAGAUGAAACCAGACAAGGAGAAAUACCCAAUCUGGCCCCACAGGCCCAUCGAGUAAUAACGACUUUACUGACAAAGUCUACCCAAUUCAUGUCUUCAACUCAGAUAUCUAUAUACAGAUGUACAACAUCAGUCUUUUUCCAAUUUGAAGUGUUUGUUUAAGAUUCAUUCUUGACUUGCACUUCAAGAACAUCAAAACAAAUUUCCAUAAGCUUCUGUAUGAAACAUUUUCUGAAUGAAGAUGUAGUAGUAUAAAGUCAUGAAGGAUGCUAGCAUUCUCUGGUACCAUUUAUUGCAUUGAGAGUGGAUGUACCAACCCUUAGUCAGGUUUGACUGUUGUUUUUUUUCUGUGAAGAAUAAAAGAGCUGUAUUGACAGCUUGUGAAGAAA